AAUAGUUUCAGGGUACCUAACCCUCUUUGGCUCUUUCCGAUCUCGAGCGAAGCCAUGGGUUUAAGCGGAGCCGGCAGACGUGCUUACAUGAAGCUCUUCACCGCCGCCAAUUACUCCUCAUUUUCAGCCUCAAAUGAAAUGAAUCUGAUAAAGCAACUGAGAGAAAGAACCAGCGCUCCUAUUAAAGACGUGAAAGCAGCUCUCGUGGAUUCCAAUUGGGACAUCGACGCCGCUCAGAAGGAACUCAGGAAGCGGGGAAUUGUUCUCGCUUCCAAAAAAUCAUCUCGAACUGCUUCCGAAGGUUUGCUCGCUCUAGCUCAAAACCACCACAAAACCGCACUCAUUGAACUCAACUGCGAAACUGACUUCGUCGCUAGAAAUGACAUUUUUCAACAUUUGGCACUGUCUCUCGCUAACCAAGCCUUGUUGCUCGAUAAUAAUUCUUCUCCCUUUCACUUUGGACCUCAAUCUUUCCAGGAUAUAAGAUUGAAUCUUCAACAUCCAAAGGUCAAUGGCGAAACUACAGUUCAAAAUGCUAUUACAGAAGUAGCUGCCAUGAUGGGAGAGAAUGUAAAACUCAGGAGAGGUUUUGUGAUGCCUGCACCAUCUAAUGGUCUUGUAUCUACAUAUCUUCAUACCAGUCCCCAACCUGGUUUGGGUCGCAUCGCUGGAAUCUUAUCUCUUGAAGUUGAUGGUGAUAAAACACAUGCAGAUGCACUUCAACGUGUUGGAUCAGAGUUGGCUAUGCAUGUAGUGGCGUCAAAGCCAUUAUUCUUAACAAAGGAACUUGUCUCUUUGGAUGCAUUAGAAAAUGAGCGUGAAAUUCUUAAAUCUCAGGCAGAAGCUUCUGGUAAAUCUCAGACGACCAUAGAUAAAAUGGUUGAAGGUCGUCUGCGCAAGUACUUUGAGGAUGUUGUGCUUAUGGAUCAAAAGUUUGUUAUGAAUGAUACUAUGAAAGUGAAGGUGGUGCUGGAUAAUCUAUCGAAGGAGGUGGGUUCAUCCGUGAGGGUAGUAAGCUUUCUCAGAAUGGAAGUUGGGGAAGGAAUUGCAAGGCAAGAAACAGAUGCAUCUGAGUCUGUUGCUCAGGCAGCCUAAUUUAAGGUGAAUUAGUACAAUAAUGGAGGAAACUUCUCAGAGAUAAGGUUUGUUUUGAGAGGCUUCUGUUCUUGAACUAUUACUAUUUGAAGACACAUGCUCUAUUUAUAGAUCCUGGAAACUGAUGUACAAGUUUCUAUUGAAAAUUUUGGCCCAUGUUGUAAAACUUCAAUGGUUUCUGUUAGUGUACCAGCAUACUCUGGCGCUUCUCCUGAUCUGCAUCCGUAAAAGAGAUUAUCGAUAUUGAUUUUACAAAACUGCAAAUAAAUUGAUA